GCCAUAUCGUUCCUCUGAUCUGCACAUUGAUAACAGGAGUUUGCAAAACAGAUUGAAGGCACGAUAUAGUCCAGUGUCUAGUUUUGACCACACUUUGGUAAAACACUAAUCACAGCAUCCAACAGAUGCAUACCUGGAAGCUGGAAAUGUGCCACAGCUGGCCCACAUCCAAGCACUGAUUCUAAGAAUUGUCCAAGUUUAGUCUGCAAUCCAUCGUUUAUACUACUGAUUUUUUUAGACCCACCUUAGUACUUUUCACGGUUCUCUUGCUGUGAACAUCACCUGAGCAAUUUUUCAGCCAAAACAACAGCAAAAAUAAAUCAUGCUCUUCCUGAUGACAGAUGCCUGUGGUUAACCUCUGUGGGUCAGAUGCUACAAUUUAAAAAAAAAAACAAUAGUAUAAAUUAAACAGUGGGUUUGACUGACUACCACGACAGGGAUGUUAGUGGUACAGUGGUGUAACAUCUUCCGACUUGCAUUCAGUGGGCAUGCAAAACGGUCAUAACAUGCAUACUAAGGAGACAAGUAGCAAGAUGACACCAGUUACAAGACAAGAAGUUCUUGGCCUUUACCGCAAGAUAUUCCGAAUAGCCAAGAAAUGGCAAUCUGUAUCAGGACAGAUGGAGGAUACUAUUAAAGAGAAACAGUACAUCAUAAAUGAAGCCAAAACAUUAUUUCAAAAAAACAAAAAUUUAACCGAUCCAGAGGUGAUUCAUCAGUGUAUAGAAGAAUGCAAAGCAAGAGUAGAAAUAGGACUACACUAUAACAUCCCCUAUCCACGACCUAUUCAUCUUCCUCCUAUGGGUCUUGCCCAGAAACAUGGUCGUGCAUUUCAAAAGCAAGAGAAGCUGAGGAAGCUUUCCAAGCCAGUCUACCUGAAAUCCUAUGAUGAAAUUUCAUAAGCUACCAUCCUGCUGUGAGGUGUGCAAUUGUGGACAUUGACCCCAAGACAUCUCUUGUGCACAACUGUGAAUUAAACUAUUAUGUGCUUGAAAUUUGCUUCCAUUUCUCCUGAGGCCGGAAGCCUAGCUGAUUCAGAACACAUGAUGAAUAAGGAUGUAUGUAAACUGCCUUGCGUUUAUAACAUUCAACCACUGACUCGUCAAUAAAAGUAACAGCUUUUAAGGAAUGCGUUGCAAUAUGAAGAUUACUUUGUGAAGUCAGGAUAAAGCAUGGAGAUUUUUUAAUUG